AUGCACUUGAUGAUGCCGAGGAGAACACCGAUGCCCACAACGAUUGAACGAACGAUUUGGGCAGGCAGCCAUGUUUUCGGUGCAAAUACGAUUGCAUGUAGACCACUAAUGCGACUAUUCGAAUCACCCAACCUCGCAACUCGCCAAAUUUCGCAGAGAAUGGCCGCUCGCCGCCAUCCAACUCGGAGCCAUAAUUCGCUAUUUUAUCUUUUGGCAACAACUCGACGGGCGAUCAAAUAUUCAAAAGAAACAAAUCUGGCGGUGAUACGCUGUUGUCGAAAUGAUGGCUUGGUUCUCGUCGACGAUUUUUCAUUGUGUCGAUUGUUGGGUGACCGAGUGGAUCGACGAUUUCUAUGUGAUUUCGCCGACAUCUGUGUGGCAUCAAGUAGCCAUCACAUGUUCGUUGAUGUCGGGCCUCUCUCUUCCCUCGUCAAUGACCGCUUGUCGUUUUGCUUGUCGUCUUCGCGCUUCUCUUCAUGGAUUCGACUAGUGGGUCACUCGGGCAUUAGCACCCACACUACCGCGAAUGCACUUCACGAUCCCGAAAAGAACACGGCCCAUAACGAU